GGAAUGUACGUGUAGGUGCUGAAGAGCAAGUGUUAGAAAACAUGGAAGCGGAUCCUAGGAGAAGUGUCCUCUACGUAGCGCAAAUGAGUGGAUGCUCAAGACCGACCACUCAUCGUAUCCUUCAAGAGAGAAGACUGCAUCCUUACCAUUUUACACGAGAGUGCAGCAUCUGCGACCAACCGACUACCCGCGACGAGUACAUUUUGCUCAAUGGUUACUGCGACAAAAUGAACUAAAUCCUGAUUUUACACGGCGCAUUCUUUUCACCGACGAAUGUUCAUUUUCCCGAGAAGGAAUGUUUAAUGCACACAAUUGGCAUUUCUGGGCACACGAAAAUCCACAUCUCACUAGGGUGAGAGCAUAUCAGGAGCGAUUUACUAUUAAUCUAUGGGCUGGAAUCAUUGGUACUACUGUGGUGGGGCCGUUUGUGUUACCUGAUCGCCUUAAUGGGGAUGUAUAUGCUAAUUUUCUACGACUAGAGCUUCCGGCAUUGUUGGAAGACGUUCCUUUGAAUGUACGGCGGAAUAUGUGGUUUCAGCACGACGGCGCUCCUCCAGAUAAUUCGAUACUUGUACGACGAACAUUGAAAAGAGUAUCGUCAUAGGUGGAUUGGGCGUGGCAGUACUAACAUCUGGCCUCCUAGAUCUCCAGACCUUUCUCCUUUGGACUUUUUUUUUGGAAUCAAAUUAAAAAUUACGUAUAUAGAGAACCCCUAGAUAUGUUAGAAGAACUGGAAGAGAGACUGCACGAAGCCUACGCUACAGUUACUCCUGAGAUGUUAAAUAAUACACAACACAACAUAAUUCGACGAGCUAGAACUUGCAUUGAAGUUAAUGGUGGUCAUUUUGAGCACAUUGUUUAAUAACGUUACAGUACAACGAUUCCAGCCCAUAGAUUAAUAGUAUUGCUCUUGAUAUGCUCUCACGUUAGCGAAAUGUGGAUUUUCGUUUGCCCAGAAGUGCCAAUUGUGCGCAUUAAAUAUUCCUUUUCGGGAAAAUCAACAUUCGUCGGCGAAAAGAAUGUGCCGUGAAAAAUCAGGAUUUAGUUCAUUUUGUCGCAGUAACCAUUUAGCAACAUGCACUCGUCGCGCAGUCGGCUCGUCGCAGAUGCUGCACUUUCGUCAAUAGUAAGGAUGCAGAUUUUUCUUUGUAAGGAUACGAUGCAUGAUCGAUCUUGAGCAUCCAAUCAUUUGUGCCACUUGUUCUUCACCGUCUAUGCGUAUAAUCCGUGGAGCCCCAGCACGGCUUUCCGAAUAGGCUGAAAAGAUCCAUCUUCUUUUGCUGGAUGCAACAAACGACGAAACACAUGCUGGUCAAGGAGCCGAUGAUUGGCGAAAAGACCUGUAUAUUCGCGCACAGCAGUGGCUG